UUAUCAAGUAGGCAUGCAUAUUUUCGGGUCAAUCUAAAAAUUCUAAUCAUUGCAAUGUAAUGCUGCUAAUCAUGACUAUCGAAUUUUUCAAUAAUAAAUUCAUCAUGUACCAAAUGGUAUUAACCUCGGUUUCAUUAGUCUUUUUUAAUAAUAAUUCAAAAAUAAAUAUGGUAUUAAUCUUUUUAUAUUUUGUAUGUAUAAAUGUAUAUAUGAAAUAUGUCAAAAAUCUGUCUGUUGAUAUUUCUGUAGCUUAGAACUCAAUACGUUUGCACGUAGAACGUGAUAUAGCAUGGAGAUGAAAAAAAUAAGACUACAUGGUUUAUCACUACAAGCCUGUUUUAAGAUAAACUCACUCUUCAGGAGGAUGAAAUGUAUAUAUGUAUAUAUGUAUAAAUAUAGUAUAUAUUUAUAACUAGAUUUUUGUUCUACAGAAAGCAGUAGUGCUAUGAACAGAAUUUGUAGGAAAUACAAUGACAAAAGACAAUUCAUUAUUUUCCGGAACGCGUUUCAUCCUUUCAACGAGGAAUCAUCAGCCUAUUUCAAUAUAUACUUAGAUAAAUAUACUUCAUUAGUUUUUCAUUUUCUAUUGCAAAAGUGCUGAAUCGGCCGAGCACUUUCGAACGUAGAUCCACAAUUGCGUAUUUCGCGCUGUUUUUGCUGCUGAUUGACGUCAGCCUUAUUUAGUGACUCAAAGUUUCAUCAUUACCCGUCCAGUUUGGUAACUACCAUGUCGAACCAUGUCGUAUGACUACUUCAUUAUAAGAUCGUAUGUGUGUUUCCGGUGCAGUGAAUUCUGUGAGUGGCUUGUUUGAACAGCUGUUUUCACUUUAAAGGUGGAAAUACCCCCGAGGUUUAAGGCCUAGUCACCCCUCACCCGAAGGGUAAUCGUCUGUUUCCUUCAAUGUUAUAUCAACCAGAGGUUUACAUGUCAUAUAUCCAAAUUAAAAAACCUACAACGUCUAGAUAGCAGGUAAAUGACAAUCAUGAAAGUUCAGCAAACAAUAAUGGCAUUGAUAUUCUGACACAGCCUGUUUGAUAAAAACAGGUGCUUCUGUUGCUAAGGCUUCUUCUCCUUGUGUUGCGUCUGAAUGGAAGAGUAGCUUUAUCAAUUCCGCAUUUGUGUUAUUGUAGUUCGUCAUAGAAUACAACUGUCAAAAUCACUGUCGCCUAAGUGUACAAAAAACCAAGAUUACGAUGUUUGGGUACUCCAGUGUUGCUUGACCCCAAGUUGAAUAAGGUGUCAAGUAAAACGGCCUAUCAAGGAAUUGAACAAGAUAUAGUGAACUAAAGACGAGCGCACAAAUAUUUGACAUCGGACUGCCUGCCAGUCGAAAAAUGGAUUGGCUUUACGCGUUAAUUGAACUUCUUUUCCUUCACACCUUCCUACUACAUUCAGAGAUACUUCGCUUGCCCUGUUCCACAUUUGCCAACUUCACUGAAAUACACAGAGACAGUUCUAUUUCUUCAUCCUUUAAAAUCAUCUACAAUGUAGAUGUUAAUACUUGUAAGUUCGAAUGUAUAAGAGACAGAAAAUGCAAGUCCAUAAAUGUGAGUGAGGAUGACGGUGCUUGCGAGUUAAAUGCAAAAGCAGCAGAAGAUCCAAAGGAUAGGAUCAAAACACAUCCCAGAUAUGGAUGGACUUAUUACUCCACUCUUUACAAUCAAACAUCGGUUGGUCAAAAAUGCAGCAAAGAUAAUAGAUGCCCGCCUGGAAGAAAAUGUGUUGAUACAUGCAUUUGUCCAGGCUACAGGUGCAUAAAGUUGGAUUCUUGCUCGGACUGGUACAGAAAUGGGGCCAGAUCCAAUGGUAUAUAUUACAUUUUCGACCAUUAUAACAAAACAAAUAAAGUUUUCUGUGAUUUUGAGGCAAAGAGAAGAUAUAUUUGGACGUUGGUGAUGUCUAUUCAGUUUAAAAACAACAACCUGGUAGAUACGAUACCUCUCACUUCGAAUUUUUCACUUAAUGAACAGAAUCCAAAUUGGAUGCUAUACCGACUUUCCAAACCAAAUAUGAUGAGAAUCAGAAACACCUCGACUCACUGGCGUGGUACUUGCAAUGCUGGCAAGCGUCAAAACACUACUGUGGAUUCUAUCAGAGUUGCUUUAAAAGAGCUUGAUCCUCCAAACUUCAAUGGAGCUGAUGAAUGUAAGAAAGUUGAGUACGUCAACAUCAGGGGAAUCGAGGGAUACAAUGUAUCAGUGACAUUUUGGCAGGUGACCAAUAUAAUGCUUCACGUGGACAGUAGCGAAACUGGUUGUUCUUUCAACGCCACGAAAGGAUCUGUGUUCAGCGAAGACAACUUUGGCUACUACCUCAACUCUAACCCUAAAUUCAGCUGUACGGAAAGCAAAAAUGCAACCACGCAAAUCUGGUUCGGAGAAAUUCUUUGAGUUUUGCUGUUUGGCCUGCUUUUUUAAGACUGUUAAGAAAGCUACAGGGGUUGAUUCAUGGUAUUCACUCUAGGAACGUUUGAAAAAAAGCAAGAGGGCCGUUUCCAUCCUAGUUAAUUGUCUAAUUUAAUACUAGUUUGCUCUAAUUGCUAAGCUACUAAUUGUUUCAAUUUUCAUCAUUCUUGACAAGAUUGAUAAAACUAUCAAGAUAUUGAAUGGCUCAUACAUCUAACAUUAUACCUGAAUAUGGUUGGCAGUUUACAACCUCUUCAGUUAAUGGAAAAUGGUUAUGUUCACGUUUUCGAAGAAAAUAGUUGCUUAGCCUAAGUAAGCAGGUUUAAUUUAAAACUAAUUGAGAACUUAACAGGUCCUUUGUUGAUAGCAGAAAAUUCUUUUUACUGAACAAGUUUACAUGUCAAAAUAUAGUUAUUCUUGUUGCUGUUAUUAAACCUCAUGAAGAUAAUUUGAAUACACUGUCUGCAUUAGUUAAAUAUUGACUUUGAAGAUUAAUGACCAAUUUCUCUGAAAAUUCUCUGGAAAUCUAAAAAAAAUGGACGAAAGCUACAGGCUUGAAAACAUUUGUUGAAGGGCUAGUAAAAACUCCAGCCUUACUGAAUUUUCAUUUAUACUUUUUAUGCCUACAUCAUACGAGCACAUUUUAUAAACAUUCGUAAUUUUUGAAUGUCUAAAUACAUUCAUACAUUUCAGUAAGAAUUUUUACAUUUUAAUCAAACGAUAACCACUUAUUGAGGCGAGCAAUGGUUGCAGAAACUCUUCGUUUGAAAUAUGUAUCAAUCAGCAACAAGAUUUAAAACUUUGCAAAUUAAGUGAGAUUAUAUUGAAUCAUCAUUUUCUCAAUCAGAAUGGCUGCACAAAAUAAACAAAUUUUCCAAACCAUAUAAAAUAAAAGCAUUAUAGACGUGUCCGCUUGGUAACCUCUUCAUCAAAUAUUUAUACUUUAUCAGUGAAUCCAGUUGUGGGUCGAAAUUUUUCUUUAGUACGUUUUGUUGUUUACUUAAAAGACGUGAUCGACUCUCAAUUUUAUUGAUUUUGUUCAAGCAAGUUGAGAAAUGAA